UGAUAUAUAAUACAAAAAUUGCCUCAGGGUCACAAAGACUUAUUGAAGCCGGAGAAGGAAGCACGGUCCAUCUCUUUUGUUGUAUCUUUGAGCAACAUUUAUUGCUUUUAUAAAAGUUUCAUCUGAACAUUUAGAACAUUUUUUCAACAAAAAAAUGAGUGGUGGAAAAAUUGCUCUCCUGAGUGUUUCGGAUAAGACAAAUCUAUUGCCGUUCAGCAAAAAAUUACAUGAAUUAGGAUUGACAUUAGUUGCAUCAGGUGGAACGGCGAAAUCCUUAAGAGAUGCUGGUCUUCCUGUUAAAGAUGUUUCCGAUAUUACGGGAGCACCUGAAAUGCUUGGUGGGCGUGUGAAAACUCUUCACCCUGCCGUUCAUGCUGGAAUAUUGUCAAGAUUGACAGAUUCAGAUCAAAAAGACUUGCAAAAUCAAAACUAUGAAUUGAUUCGUGUUGUUGUUUGCAACUUGUAUCCAUUUGUGAAAACAACAUCAAAAUCUGACGUGACGUUGGAAGAUGCAGUCGAAAACAUUGAUAUCGGAGGCGUUACUCUCUUAAGAGCAGCAGCCAAGAAUCACUCAAGGGUAACUGUUAUCUGUGACCCAAACGAUUACGAUAAAAUUAUCAAUGAAUUACAAAAUACCUCUGACAACGAUACCAAGCCUGAGACAAGGCAAACCUUAGCACUCAAAGCAUUCACUCACACUGCCGAGUACGAUAAUGCGAUUUCUGAUUAUUUUCGAAAACAAUAUAGCGCUGGUGUUUCGCAAAUGACUCUUAGGUAUGGAAUGAAUCCUCAUCAAAAACCUGCUCAAAUUUUCACUACUUUGGAAAAUUUACCACUAACUGUAGUGAAUGGUUCUCCGGGAUUCAUAAACCUUUGCGACGCAUUGAAUGGCUAUCAACUGGUCAAGGAAUUAAAGGCAGCUCUUAAUUUACCAGCUGCAACUUCGUUUAAACACGUGAGUCCAGCUGGAGCCGCCGUUGGUGUUCCUUUGGAUACCGUUAACGCUAAAUUGUGUCAAGUUGACGAUAUUGUUGAUCAAUUAACGCCGCUAGCAACGGCUUACGCUCGAGCUAGAGGCGCUGACAGAAUGUCCAGUUUCGGUGAUUUUGUUGCUUUAUCCGAUCCUUGUGAUACGCCGACAGCAAAGAUAAUUUCAAGAGAAGUUUCGGACGGUAUUAUCGCCCCUGGAUAUUCUGAAGAGGCUCUUCAAAUUCUGAAGAAGAAAAAGAACGGUGGUUAUUGUAUUUUGCAAAUUGAUCCAAAUUACGAACCGGCACCUAUGGAGCGUAAAGUCCUUUAUGGAUUGACUCUGGAACAAUUGCGUAAUGACGCUGUAAUUGACAAGACUACAUUUGCCAAUUUGGUCACCAAGACUAAAACUUUAUCUGAUUCUGCAGUAAGAGAUUUAAUUGUAGCAACAAUUGCGGUCAAGUACACGCAGAGUAAUUCCGUUUGUUACGCAAAAGAUGGACAAGUUGUUGGAAUUGGAGCUGGUCAACAAUCUCGAAUUCAUUGCACAAGACUUGCUGGUGAUAAAGCUGAUAACUGGUGGCUACGUCAACAUCCCAAAGUAACUGGCAUGAAAUUCAAGAAAGGAGUCAAGAGAGCCGAAAUUUCGAAUGCCAUUGACAAUUAUGUUAAUGGUACCGUGGGAAAGGAUAUGGACGAAAAACUCUGGGCUUCAAUGUAUGAAAUUGUGCCUGAAAAAUUAACCGUUGAAGAUAAAACUGAGUGGUUGAAGCAAUUGAAUAAUGUAGCUUUAAGCAGUGACGCAUUUUUCCCAUUCAGAGACAACGUCGACAGAGCACGAUUGAGCGGAGUUGGAUUCAUAGCAAGUCCAGCAGGAUCAACAAAUGAUGAGGCAGUGAUUGCAGCUUGUAAUGAACACAAUAUCACUUUGGCUCAUACCAAUUUCCGAUUAUUCCAUCAUUAAAUUUUAUUCCAAAAGCCUUUAUAAUACAGGCUACUAGUAAUUAUACAACUGGGUCCAAAUAUAUUUUUCUACCACAAUUUUUAUGAGAUUCUGAUCAAAGACUGAAACUAUUCAUCAUGUUAUCUGUAGUACAGAACGAGUAAAUUUUAUAGAUUUUAUAUAACAGUUUUAUGUAUACAAAUGUAAAUGUCUCACUUGUUACAAUAAACAACAUCCAGUUAUA